UUAUUUUCAGAAAAACAUGAUUAGGGAAAGAUAAAGGGAAAGAUAAAGGGAAAGAUAAAGCUAAUUAUGAAAAUCAAAAUAAUCUUCAAGCAUGGGCUUCAAGCCAAACUCAAACCAAAGCAUUAAAAGAAAGGAAAAAUUGAAGAAAAAUGGCGAAAGAUGAGAAGUUAUGAGAAAAAACGAAAAGAAAAAUGGCGAAGCCUUCUCUAGAUGAUAAAAGAAUCUACAUCAGAAACUAAUUCUAUAGUUUAACAUCCAAUGAACCAUAUUCCAACUACAUGGGCUCAAUUGAUCGUUGAAACCUGAUCUACAACCAAAUUGAUUCUCGUACUAAUCCCAGAUCAAUCAAAUCUUUUCUCCCCUCCUGAUUCCAGAUCAAGUGGUUUCUCGAAAUGACUCAAAAUCGAUCGAGUUGAACCUUCUCCCUCGAUCCUAGAUCAAUCGUGUUAGCAAUCAAUCAAAUUGAUGAACAUGAAACUUUUGAUUAUGAAGUCGAUAAUGGUUUGCAGUUUGUUCCUCAUUCUUCUUUCUCUGCCUUCGGUUAACCCCUACCCUAAUCCUCAGAUAGAUGAGGAUACACCCUCUCCUCCCGUAAUACUGGACGAGGAGGAGUAUACUGAAUAUGAGUAUGGACCUCUUGUAGAAGAUGAACUCAAGGAUAUUCAUAAGAAACUAUUUGAGAGUAAGGAAAUACUGGAGCAGCCCCCUGUACCCACCACCAGUAAUAAACCUAACCUCUCCAUAUUAGAAGAACGUAUACGUGAGGAUCCUGACUUCAAUUUAGAGCCUGUUGGAGUUGAAAUCUCCGUUGUUGUCUCUCACAGUCCUGAACCUGACCCGGAGCAAGACCAGGAGCUGAACCUGGACCAGGAUCCAGGUGUAGAGAGGAUACUGGAGCUACUCAACCUAGAUCCUACGGAGACUAGUGUUAGUCUAGCAACCAAAACUGAUUCAGAUCCAACCCUGGAAGCAGUUGAGAAUCUAGGAUUGAUAUUGAACUGGUGGCAGAUCCUGCUUAUACUCAUAGCAUCCCUUCUCCUUACAUCUCUCUGCUGCUACUUCUCCGGGUGCUGCUUCCUGGUGGCAGAUUGCUGCUCUGAUCCAUUCUGGGGCUGCUGCCCUUGCUGUAGAGGAUGUGCAAGAUUAUUGAAACCCCCCUCUGGGGUUCCUGUGGAGAAAGAGAAGCGGAAAAAGGAUCAGAGCAGCUACUCCUUAAACGAGAACCAUACUGCUCCCAGGAGCAGCUUAGAUAGAGCAGCAGUUCACAGUGUUGUUCCGAGAUUGGAACGAGGAAGUCAGCGUUCCAUUGGUUCCACUGCAGGACGUAAAACAAAUGAUGCGGAUGUAACACUCCUUGUAACAAAUGGAACGGAUGAAGGAGUGGAUUCUUCAGCUAACCAGGAGACCCGGACAUCUAGAACGAGUCGAGCGAGCAGAGCGAGUUCAGAAAGUAUUAGAAAUAUACCCGCAUCAGUUUACACAACUGAGGACACCCCACAACCCAGCCAGGGUUUGUCAGGCGUCAGAAACUAUAGGCGUAUGUCUCGAACAAGUACUCAGGAGUCUUCUCGAGGUUUGGGGAGAACACACAGCUUCCAGGAGUCCACCAAGGGGUUGGACCUCCUAGAGGAGUUUAAUGGAAGAUCAAGUAGUAGAAAAUCCAGUAGAACUGAGGUUCAACACUCUGACCGACGAGGUCAUAGCCGGAAACCUUCGUAUUCUGGCGAACCGGCAAAUAAUUGGGUUUAUGAAGACUCGUCCGGUUAUUUUAGUUGGCUUACUAAGCUGGGUAAAAAGAAGCAGUACACUGUCUCAACUCCGCCAAAAAAGCAGAACGCUAGUCAGAACAACAUCUAUAGACAAUCAAGAUAUCAUCAUAUAGCUGAGUCAAGGAACUCUGCUGUUAUACCGGUCAAGUUGACUAAACGAUCAAGCACAGCCAGUAAUUAUAAUAUCAGACCAACUAGGGUACGAAGUAGAAGCUAUGGGUCUGAAAGCAGUGAAGAAGAUUCGCCUAUUUUGGAGUCAAAGUCAGAGAGGCACCUAGCGUCACGUUUAUCAACUAACUUGGCAGAUUUGGAGCGAAGUAAUCAAGCCAGAAACCGCUCUGGAACAGAAUCAGGUGUUGAGAAGUACACAUUACAGUUCCCUGAUGAGAAUUGUACUCUGCAGUACAUUCAAAAAUCUCUACUGGGCUCCAAAGAAACAACGUUGUAAUAAAUAAUUUUGUACAUUCUUAAUUGUAAAGUAUUUUAACGUGAUAAUUGACUACACAAGGAAGAUACAUCAGGAACCCAAUAUCUUUGUUUACUAAAAAGAGAUUGAUAUUUUUUGAGAAUUAUAAUCACAAUUAAGCAAAGUCUUAUUUAUAAUCUAACCUGAAAGUGUCGUAAAGUGAGUACCAUAAAAGUGUGGAAUGGGAAGACAAUAGUUAAGCAAUGAGUUUUGAUGUUUUUAUAAAGAAAAAAGGUUUUUCCUGCAUAGCUUUAAAAUCAUUACGUGUAGCGGUCGUCUUCAUAUUCCAUAGUUUUUUAAGUCCCACUGUAAUUUUGUAAACUAAAAGAUAUGACUGUUCCUUGUGUAUCUUUCAUGAUAGGAACUGACAAAUUAGAAAUCUCUAAAUGUGUAAAUAUGCAUAAAAAACUUUAUUUUUGUUAAUGGUUAUAAAAGAAUUUUAAUCACUAGUCAAUCAAUUUCCAUGUUUAAGAUACAAAUUAUAUAUAUUUUUUUACGAAACCAAUUUACGUAGUAAAAUAAAUAAUAUUUCUAUAACGUUUGUAAAGUUGUUUAACCCUACUUCAUAAUAAAUUUUAAUGCUAAAAAGUUUUCCUUCCGUGUACCGUCACGUGGAUUUAACGGUUCUGUCAAUAUUCCAGAAAGCUGUGA